AUCGAAGUCUUGCGAUUUAUACUGAAAAAUUGCUUAUGUAAUUAUUAGUCAAUAAAUAAACACUAACGUCAACGAGUAAAAUGCUUAAUUUUCUAAAACACUCGUUUUGUUUCAUCAAGCUACUCUGUAUUUUUGGGGGGAAGCGAAAGUGUCAAAGUGCGGAAUAGAACUAUUGUCUUACUCUUAUGAGCGGUCUUGGCAGGAUAACUGAAUGUGUCACUUAUGUUAUUCAAUGCACCCAUUUCGCGAACUCCAAUCUAUAACACAAAACGGCUAUUCAAAUCACAUACUUCAUACUUCACUUCCCGAGUCACCUGUUAAUCCUCAUUUCGGAAAGUAUAACUACCGAUCUAAUAUGACAGUAACAAGUGAUAGUUACACCUCUGGAUCCGCGUACCACAGUCAUGGACAUACUACACAUAAUCACGUCCACCAUGGAAUACUGCAUCAUGUUCAUUCGAAUCCUAACAAUGUCACCGCCCUCACUGUUCCACAGGAUAGCAGUCAGGUUCGCGUUUGGGAUAUUUGGGCCCACAAUUUUCAUGAGGGAAUGCGCCUUGUCCGUAGACUUGUACGAGAAUGUCAGUAUGUUGCGGUAGAUACAGAGUUUCCAGGUGUUGUUGCAAAGGUUUUUGGUGAGUACGCCAACAGUUUUGAACAAGCCUACCACAAUAUUAAAGUUAAUAUUGACAUGCUUAAACCAAUACAGAUUGGGUUUAGUUUUUUCGACGAGAGUGGUCAGACGGUCGAUUCGGUCUCAACUGUGCAGUUUAACAUCAAGUGGAAUGUUGACAAUGAAAUGCAUGCGGCCGAUUCUAUUCAAUUAUUGGAAGUUUCUGGAAUAGACUUCGAUAAGUUAAAAAGAACAGGAGUUGAACUUAGUGAUUUCGCAGAGGCUUUUCUUACCAGUGGUCUUCCGCUGAAUGACAAAAUAACGUGGAUAGGGUUCCACAGUGCCUACGAUUUUGCCUAUUUGAUGAAGAUUUGUACAGAUUGGAUGAGGAUGCCGGACAACUUCUUGGAGUUUCAAAAGCUGUUGUUGAUUUUCUUUCCCAGGAUAGUAGAUCUAAAGUCAAUGAUGAGUGAGCACAAGUUCCCCAAGAGUGGAUUACAAGAGUUAGCCGACCUAAUGAGAGUACCACGUAUCGGCUUACAGCACCAAGCUGGAAGUGACGCAAUGCUCACAGGUGAAACGUUCUUCAGAUUUCUGGAGGUAUGUUGCUUUUACUUUGUACUAACUGAGUUUAGGAGCAUAGUGGUGGGAAAAUUGACCAACGGGUUCUAAACCUUGUCUACGGUCUAAAUUAUUGUCCUAACGGUGUAUCUAAUACUUGGAUGCAAAUGAACGGUUCGAGUCCUCAACAUGAUUCGGAGUCUUCUGCAGGUCACAACGUUUCAUAUGCGUCAUCAAUCUUUCGUAACAAUGUUCAUAGUGCCGAUCAUUCCGGUCGCACAUCACCUGCUGAUUCGACAGGAGGUCACAAAAGUAGCUAAAAACCUAUCGUAAGCAGAUUGUCAUCAUGCCCUUCCUACAUGUCCUUUAAAUUACGUAUAUGAUGAUGUUCUGAUUCCAACUCUGGUUAGCAUUUGUUCUUUGCAUUUUGUAAUUUAGAUCUCUGUUGAUUUUUUGACUUUCAGCCUCAACUCUUUCAAUGUAAAUCACGGCUCAUUUGCGGCAGCUCACCUAAACAGGCCGCUUUCCCUUCUAAUAUUGUUUUGUCAUCCCUUAAUUUCACAAGUCCCGUCACAUGGCGCUUUAACUUCGCUUUGUUUGCCUUUACUCCCGGUACGCUCUAACUGGUUAAAGCUGUCGGAGCAUUUUCUAGUGGCGUACUCAUGGGCAGCUAAACCUGGCUUUUACUAAGAAUCUUUAUUUCAAACUUCUUCAGUCUAUUAACCUGUCACACGGCCUGGUUAUUGUUCUGCCUACUUGUUCGUAGUUAUGUUUGUCUUUUAUGUUUACUAGCGCUCUCGGUAUCUGUGAUAAACUUUUCAAUGCCUAACAACGCUUUUACUGACCUGUUUGAUGACCAAGUGCUUGCGUGGCAGCAGCUGUUCUUUAGUUUUGUAGAAUAAUUGUACAGAAAUCUUUUGGAAUGUACAGAGAAAAUCUAGGAAUGUAUUGGUACUUUGAAACUACUCGUUGUAAAUGUACAUUGCUAACCAAAGUGUCCAGUCACUAAUUUAACAGUACUCUAAAUUAAUAACUUUCCCUCUCCUGUAUCAUUCGCAAAGCAAGUUACGAAUUCUUUUUGGUUUAAUUUGUUGUAUUUUUGUGUAAUGCUUGGAUAACUUAUGGUAUCCGGUGUUGUGCACUUCCUAAGAGUUGCUCACCCAACCGUAAUUCAUUCGGAAAUAAAUUUGAAGACCAUAAACAUCUGUUGUGUAAUAUUACUUUCUAACACUAUAUUUUUCAGUAUGAAUAACUGUGCUUUGUUCAAAACAGUUUUGUUUCAUAUAUGUAUAUAAAUGUUUAUCUCU